AUGCCACCUAAACCAUCUGCUAAAGAAGCUAAAAAAGCCGCAAAAUCUUCCAAAGUUUGUGGAGAAAUAAAAAAGCGGAAGUCACGUCGGAAAGAGUUUUAUUCCGCAAUGUCAAUCAUGAAUUCGUUUGCGAACGAUUUGUUCGAACGUAUUGCUACUGAUGCAAGUCGUCUGGCACAAUACAGUAAACGAUCAAACAUUUCAUCACGUGAAAUACAGACUGCAGUGGGCCUGAUUCUUCCAGAUGGAUAG